AUGCGUCCAACAGGUGACGCGCUUCUGAAACGGUGGCAUGGAAUGCUGGGUCUAUCGCGGCAAUCUCCGCCAUCCUGGUACCGAGAUCGACUUCGGGAGGAACUACAGGAACGCCGACUCGCAAAGACACGCUGGCAGAAGCUCAGCGAGGCAUCAGACGUCUUCUUUUCUAGCAGUCGAGCUCGGUACGAUGGAUACCCAGUUCGGAGAUUGCCCCCGUUUGUUAUCUCUCGCCAUGGCCUCGUAUACACGUAUAUGCUGGCAAAGUUCACUUUACGCUGGAAAUUCUACCGAACAGCCGCUAUCAUGUGCAAUGCUCCUCAUUACGACUCAGUGCGCGAAGUAGUGAAUCCCAGCAAAGAUCAGAAGCUUGAAGAAGUCGCUUCACGUCACCAGAUUGACCCGGUGGCGUUUAAUAAGGCAGCCCAGAGAUCGAUCGAUCUAGCCAAUGCGGCCAACCUUCCAUUUUACCUCCAUCUCACCCUACAUCAGCUACAUCUAAUAACGACAUAUCUCAUCGAUUAUCGAAUUGAGUUUCCUACCCACCCUUCCGAGAAGACCCAAGGAUUUAGUAUGAUGCCUGCCAACUGCGAGAACGCUUCAAGCAACGUAUCGGGCUCAAUGGCGGAUCUUCAGCUAAACCAACCCACUACCCCUGAAAAUCGGUCUGCUUUCGAUCACAAAGCAGUAGUUGUCGGCUUAUACGGAAUUCCAGGCUCUGGCAAAACGUUUCUGCUGAACAAACUGAAGCAGGAACUCGGACAGACGCAGUUCUCGUUCUACGAAGGCUCCGAGAUGAUUUCUACCGUUGUGCCUGGCGGUCUUGACGCAUUUCAGAGCAUGGAAGAACAAGAGAAGGCGCACUGGCGCCGGCAUGCUAUUGACGCGAUUGGAAAGAACUGCGCUGACAGCGGACAAGUUGCAGUUGUCGCUGGACAUUUCAUGUUCUGGUCAGAGGAGCAGGAGGCUGGACGGCCAGUGUAUACCCUAAAUGACUUGGAGAUCUUUACGCACAUCGUCUAUCUAGACGUCCUCGCCGAGGUUGUCGAGCGACGUCGUCUGGACGACACCGAAAGGAGUCGCCCGUCCACAUCGGCAAGCCAUUUGCACAAGUGGCAGCAGGAAGAAAAGACUCAGCUGCGCGAUCUCUGCCGCCGUCAUGGCAUUUUGUUUUCGCUCGUAUCGCCAUCUCCGACGCUGCUGAACAAAGUCUCGAGACUGCUACGCGAGUUCAAGUACCAUAACGAGGAAUACAACCUAUCUCAGGCCAAAAUCAAGCUAGACGAUGUUGUUGUUGCUAAUCAACGCCAGCUGGAGACAGUGUUGGUCAUGGACGCCGACAGGACGUUGGCUGCAGAGGACGCAGGCGCAUUGUUCUGGAAGAGGGUCUCCGACUCGCGGCCAUUGCAAGGUGCAGCAUCCACAUUGAAUACGUUAUUCAGCAGUCCUUUAGGUCACUCAUAUACUGCUUUUCGCCAGGCCGUAUUGAUAUAUGAAGAGACCGCUAAUGAUGAAGAGUUUGAUACCCUUUGCCAAGAAGUGGCAUUGGCGGUGACCAUGCAUCCUGAGAUUGUGUCACUGUUGCAACUGGUGGCAGAGCAAAAGCAUGUUGGCGCGGUGGUGGUCACCUGUGGACUGCGUCGUGUCUGGGAUAAGGUGCUGGAGAGAGAACGUCUAUCGGAGAAGGUGAAAGUUAUUGGUGGAGGACGCAUUGCAGAUGGGUUCGUCGUUUCAGCGGCAGUAAAGGGCGCCUUGGUUGCCCGUUUGCGAGAGGUCCACCACAUGCGUGUUUGGGCGUUCGGAGAUAGUCCGCUGGACUUGGACAUGUUGCGCAAGGCAGAUCGAGCCAUCGUCGUAGUUGGUGAGGAACAGACCAGAAGCAAGACCAUGGAUGUGGCCUUGACAAACGCCAUCGACUAUGACGGCCUUCGGGCGCACCAGGCUGUACUGCCAAGCAAUGCCUCACCACGGCUAGAUACUACCAAGCUUCCCAUGAUCAAGCUCACCGAGCCCGCAUUCGUCAAGUCUCUCCUGUGCGACCGAUAUACACAUGAUGGUCUUCAAGUCCUUUGUGCCACAGAUAGGAACGCAGCAAAGCUGCUCGCAACGCGGAUGCGCGAUGCAGCUGUUGCCGGCCCGGACCUGAGGGAAGCGCAUCGCCGUGUCGGAUGGUAUCUGGCGAAUGAGUUCGUGGCCGAUGUGAUGGGUCUCGAACAGUGUCCAAUUCGGCAUGUCCUGGGCCAUCAAACAAGAGGCUACCAGCUUUUUCACGAGCAACAGACAACGAUCGUGGCGCUAAUGCGCGGCGGAGAACCCAUGGCUUCUGGCGUCAACGACGCCUUCCCGCUUGCCAUGUUCCUCCAUGCCAGCGAUGCUGACGAUAUCAAGCUCCAUCAUUUGCAAGGACAGCUCACAGUGAUACUGGUAGAUUCGGUAGUCAAUACCGGCAAGACAAUUGUUAAAUUCGUGCAGCACGUUCGCAAGCUUCAUGCCACUAUUCGCAUCGUGGUAGUUGCCGGUGUCGUUCAGGCCCAGUGCCUUUCUGGGGGCAGUCUCAACCAGACACUCGCACGUCACGCAAAACUUCAUCUUAUUGCACUUCGCCUUUCUGACACCAAAUUCACUGGCAGUGGCACCACCGACACCGGUAACCGUCUGUUCAGCACGACGCAUUUGUCCUGA